AAUUACGUCCUAUCAUCCCUUUUUCACUUUGAGUGACUGACUAGUCAUUCCUUAGUGACAACACCGUCACUGAGCAUCACCGGCUAGAGACUCCCGGGGAGGUAAAUCGGCGAGUGAACGACUACAUCCCAGCCCGGUGGUUACAACAGCACGGCCCUGAGUUUCUCCACGCUGCUUCAAGACAUUGGGCUUUAUUCACUCCAAUGUGUUCCUUUUGUGGUCGCCGUCGGAUCGUUUGCUGAAUAGAGCUGUAUGCAAACAAAACACAGAAAGACCGAAUAUCUCGGACUGAACGUGAUGUUUUAUAAGAGACUUUGCAGAGGGUCACGUGUUGAUAAUAACAGUACUGCAACAUUAGAUGCCAAAGAUAUGGAUUUGUCGCGGACCAAAGCCAGUAACCCACCAUCUCCAGGCAAAGCGCCAGGCCUGCUGGACGACUUCCGCAAAUGCAUCGCUGGUUACGAUGACAUGGAAACAAUGAAAGAUGAAGACUCGGACGGCAGUUUAUCAGAGACGAAGACCAUGAACGGCAACGGGAAGGAGACCCCCGCGGCAAUGAAUGGAUCGUCUCGGAAACGGCGACACGUGAAGGGAGACGGCGUCCGGGAGGUGACGAGGUACAACAUCCUGGACGGUACGAUCUCACAUCACACCGAGCUGAGAGAUUUCAAAGCCGCGUUGGUGCAGCAGGAAUCGCAGGUGGCCUCCACGCCAGAUGGGAACGUCCUGCGAGCACUUCUCCAGCAGUCCGGUUCCGUGGUGCGACCGCGUACGCCGGAUAUCGACAGCAUCUCGGCCGGCAGCCCAAGCCAGGAUCCUGAAUCGCCGGAGAAGUUCUACCCAUGCAAAGUCUGCAAGAAGAAUUACGUCAGCAAGUCCAGCCUGCGCAAACAUUUCUGUAUGCCGAGUGCCAACGGCAACAACAACAGCAACACCCAUCAUCAGCAGAUCAGUGAGGAUGAAACUAGCAUCAGUACAGCAAUACAUGCCAAAGACGAACAAUACUGUAACGGAUCGGUGGGCUCGCCAGCGAUACUCACACCGGUGCCGUCUCCGUACGAAGACGCAGAGAAAGGAGAUGACAUGGCUGAGGAUGACAUCCUGACUCCGGGAGAUUUGUCCAUAGAUACUGAGUAUGGUGGAAAGAGAGUCGAAGAGGAUGACAUGGGGCCUAUCUACACCUGCCCUUUGUGUAGUAUGACCUUCAGGCAUACCAGUCAGUUAAUGCGUCACCGUCGUACCCACACCAACGAGCGCCCUUUCGAGUGCGUGGACUGCCAUCAAGCCUUCAGACGUAAGUGCCACCUCAAACGGCACUGGCAGCGCAUACACAGCGGCGAGAAGCCCUUCAAGUGUGCCAUCUGCGGGAAGGCCUUCAGUGAUCGCGACCACCAACGCCAGCAUGAGACGAUCCACGGUCCCGAAACCUACCCGUGCUUCCAUUGUAGAUGUGUGUUCCCGUCCGAGACGUACCUCAUACAGCACCUGUCGGAGAAUCCCGAGUGCAAGGCGGCCUUCGCUAGGGACGGCGAGUCGCCGCCGAAGCGGACACGGGGUAAACACAAGGGUGCAAUGACUUCGUACAAGUGCGGGUUGUGUCUGGAGCAGUUUAAGAAACUGCGACAGAUCCAGACGCAUCAACGAGUCCGCCACCAUGAUGUCUUUGAGAAGAAGUACAAGUGUAAUUUGUGCGGGAAGGGGUUUGACCUCAUCUCCGAUCUCACGCAUCAUCGGAAUAACCACGCAGUUCGGAGCAAGCUGGACGUUGAUAAGAACGGAGAUUCAGGUUACCGUGUGCCGCAUCAUCAUGCGCAGUCUGCCUCAUCAGCAGCCACGACAUCCAAGGUGGUUCAAAACAAGGCGGAGCUGCUUCAGAUGCUGCAGCAGUUGGAGAAACGCAUCCAGCAGCAACAGCAGCAGGUGAAGAAGAUUGAGAGCCAGCAGGAGGAGAUGGAGAAGGAUGAGAGCGACGGAGAACCAGCCAAUACCGAGAACCAGCAUCCCCACAGCCAGAUCCGUUACAUCCUGGAGACGUCGCGGAUGGCGCGUGAAGGCCACUUAACCAGGAUGGACGGUGAGGGCAAAGUUUAUCAAAAUGGAUUCGACGAACAGGCGGCUGCGGCACCCAUCUCGCCGCGGUCCACUCUCGGAGUGAUAGAUCUUUCAAUGAGUCGUAGCGCCUUAGAAGGAAGCGAUGAGCACCACAGUCCCCCGGUCAAGGCGUCAACCUCGGCGGCAGAAGACCUGACCAAACCCUCGCCUACCUUGUUGGAUCUCAUGACGAACAAUCGACACAAAUGUGAACAGUGCGGCAUCUCCUUCCUGCUGUACUCUGAAUUCCGAGCCCACAGGAAGCGGCACGAGAGAGCGCGUGUUGCCAUCAAGCAGGAACCCAUGGACACAUCAGAGUAUCUGGACGGCAAUCCCGAUGCGGACAAGAGCUUGUGUCGAGACUGCUGCAACCAGAAUGAUGCAGCCUUGUCACUGUCGCCAAGCACUAGCCCCAAGCACUCCCAUAUCAGCGGUGCUUCGUUGUGCUACCGGCAUCAGCAACGGCCCAUUGCGGCCCUUAAGACGAAGGAUGCCAACAGCCAAGACGACCGGUAUCCCAGAACCAGACGCAGAUCAAGGUCUUGCGAUCUUCAGGCGUUAUCUGAGUCGAUUCCGGAACAAGAAAUGCAGCCCCAAGCCCUAUCAACGCCACACCACGAGAGCGUGCUCUGCUGUGAACAGUGUCUUCUACUCAAGAAACAGCUCCUCAAGGAACGCAACGACAAGAAGGCCAUGCGAAUAGAGAUUGAGCGUCUGCGCGAGGCGUUGGUCAGCUUUGCUGAGGCUGCGGCCAAUCACGCGUCACCGCUACGAAGCAGCAGCGAGUUGGUGGCGCUCUUCAGUAAGAAUGCGGACCGAAGCCUGGACGGCAGGGAAAUUGUAUAGUGUGAGGUCCAGCCAGGGCCGGUUCGUCGAAACCAACAACCUCAGAAAAUAUAUUUUUUAUUUUUUAUCAUCUAGAUAAAAUGAGUGGGCUCGAUGUGUUGAUUUAAGGACGAAAUCCGUACACGAUGAACUUUUACCAUCGUUUUUAAAAAUAUUCUAAACAUAUUAAGGAGCAAGGCUAACUGCUAACUGCUAAAACUAAAACAGUUUUGCGCUCUUUACCUGUUUAAAUUGCGAUGGUCAGUUAUGUUUAUGUUGACUACUGUAGCUGUAAACCAAUUGGUGGGUUUUGAUUUGGUUAGGCUGGUACUCAAUCAUGGUUUCAUCCUUUACCAUAAGAAAAGAACGCGGGGAACCGUGACGCUGUGGAUUUAAAAAUGCAGUUUUCAAAAGUACUCGUUGAUAGACUUUUAACUAUCCUCUAAGCAAGUACUGGAUCGUUAGGCUUAGGUCAAAGGUCAACCAUUACAAUGCAUGAUGGGGCUAAACAGUUUAUUAGUGUUGAAUACUUUUUCAUAUGUUGCCUAUUAAGAUACAAAAUAAUGAAUUUACACUAUGAAAAGUUCAAAAAUAUUUAAGUUAAGUUUAAAAAAAAUAAGAGUUCCAUUUAAGGUUUGUUUCCAAAGCAAUUACAUUGUAGUAGUACUGAUACUAAACAAGAGUUUGCCGAGAGAAAUAUUUUUUGAAAUAAAAUAAAUUCUUGAAGAGUAUUUUGAGAACUAUAAAAAAUAAUGAUGCUAACUUAAACAAAAAAAUUAAUGCUUUAUAAUAACAAAGAAUACAACUAUAAUGCAUUAUCUAUUUAAAUGCAAGUUUUUGUAACGAUUGUUUUUUGUUUUGUUAUUUUUACUUCGUAGAUGCCAGUAAAAAACAGAAGAAAAUUGAAGAAUAUUCUACCAAAGACAAAUGAGAUAUUAAGAAGUAGUUUAAACAGUACCAACUUUGUAGAGUUAUAUUUUGAAUUUAUAUCAAAGAUUAAGAAAUCUAAAAAUUGUUUUCCUCGCAAGGAUGUUGUGCUUGCAAUGCAGUUAUAACCGAAUCCCUCAGGGGAAGGGGUUCCUCAUUAUUAUGUUGUUUUGUUAGUUCAGUUGUGGUAGGUGCUAGAGUAGAACGGUCUCUAUGCUUUUUUUGGUGCUGGUUACAUAUACAAUGCAAUGUUUCGGUGGAAUACGAAAUACGCCAUAAUGCAUGGCCCAUGUGUACGUAUUAAUUUCGACAGGUGGCGAUCCAAACAUUCGUUUGGUUUCAGGGGGUCGUGAUAGGUUGGGGCUAAAUCCGGAGGUCGCAGAUUCAUACCCUGUUCUAGUUAUUUUUUCUUUGUAAACCCGAAAACUGAAACAAAACAUAAAACAGAACUUUGGUCUGCAUCAGAAAUGUUGACCAUGUGCUAUGUUAACAUGCAAAAUAUUGGAAAAAGAAAAUUCAGCAUAUGAUCUGUAAUUUGACCUUUUUGGAUGCAUUGAAGUUGUCAACACGUUGCAGCCAUUUGUGGCAGAAUUGUAAUGUAGGUACAUGUGCUAUGUUAACAUGCAAAACAUUGGUAAAGGAAAAAAUCAGGACAUGGCCUUUGCUUUGACCUUUUUGGGUGCGUGGAAGGUGGCAAAAUCUUGCAGCCGUAUGCGGCCGCUACGGCUCUUUCGUACAAGUCGCUAUGGUAACUAAAGGGUUAAGCGAACUGCAUCAAGGUGCUAUAGCUACGUAGGGAUCAUGCACUAGUGGACCCUAGUCACAAGGUGGCCAUCUGAUUCCCUGUGUACACAAUGGUAACAAUUGUACAGUAGUACAAAAAGGGGCCAGACUACUUUAUCUUCCACCCUCAGCAUAUUAGAAAGCACACACAAAGGCGCUGGAUACCAGUCAAUAAAUAUGUCUUCCUCGUUUUUCGUUCUUCUCAUCUCCAAACUAAGAAAAGAAAGUCUACAAAUCCAGUCGGUAUUUAAGAGUUAAUUUCCAAGCUGCUUUGUCCAAGUUCUUGAGACAUCAAAUAGGAAAAGUUUUUAAGUUGAAAACUCUCCAAUGGCGACUACGAUGUCUUCUAGUGCGAUACUUUAUAAUUUCUCGCUACAGUACUUGUAUUAUGUAUCAUAGUGUGGAUUUGUAUCAUAAAAUAUAUUAUAAAAGAUAGGUCAUUAUUUGUAUAUUAAACAUCAGUACAUAAGAUUAAAUCAGUACGUUUUAUACGCAAAGCUUAGGAUGAGAACAGGCACUGACUGAUGGUUGGGUUCAUGUAUGUGGUUGGUGGCAGCAGACGGCCUGCUUCCAGUUUAAUUUUUGGAAACUAGUUUUGGUUUAAGGAAGACAUUCAGCCCCAUGAUUGCAGCAUGUGAUGGCUGUUUGCCUUACAUAUAAUAUAGGUUGGGGCCAGUCCAUUGGAGUUAGGCAUUGGUUAUGUAUCGUUAUGUUAUAUUCUGGCAGAGUAAGUCUGAAGCUUCACAUGGUUAUAGACAGUACUGAUUAUAAAGGUCGAUCAUACUGUUGUGAUUUUUUUACUUCGUCAGUUUUGAUUAUAAGGUCAGUGUGAUUGAGUUUGGUCUCUAUUUAUGGCGUAGAUCUGUUUUAUUUUUUUUUUUUUUGGGGGGGGGGGGCAAUUCCACAAUUACUCGAUUUGAUUUGACCACAGGUUUCAGAAUUAACAGGGGCCUUAUCUGGCUUGGGCUCUGGCUUGAGCUCUGGUGUGGGCUCCUGCUUGGGCUCUGGUUUAGGUUCUUGCUUGGGCUCUGGAGUGAGCUCAGAUUAAAUCAAAAAUAAAAUAAAUAAAUAAAUAAAUACAAUGAAAUAAAUAAAUAGGCAGGUAAAUAAACAAAUUAUGAA